CAAAGUUGAUGGACAGACCAUUUUUGCUUUUGUAUUUUUUUGGGAUAGACAUUCAUGCACCACAACUGGGAUCCACGCGGGAAGGGGACUGAAAUACUCUGAGCAGGUAUUUCCCUUCAAUCCCAGAAAGGAUAUUUUUCGCCGUGGAAGAGUCCGAGAACUCACUCACUUAUGGGAAGAUGGAGGCAGGAGCAGAGGCGAGUCCACAGCAGCACCAGAGGAGGAAAGCUGUGCUGCACGGCUUGGAGGACCAGAAAAGGAUCUACACGGACUGGGCCAACCAUUACCUCGCCAAGUCAGGACACAAGCGCCUGAUCAAGGACCUGCAAACAGACGUCACAGACGGAGUGCUGCUGGCCGAGAUCAUUCAGGUCGUAGCCAAUGAGAAGAUUGAUGACAUCAAUGGCUGCCCCAAGAGCCGCUCUCAGAUGAUUGAGAACAUCGACGCCUGCCUCAGUUUCCUGGCAGCCAAAGGAGUCAACAUUCAGGGUCUGUCUGCAGAAGAGAUUCGGAAUGGUAAUCUGAAAGCCAUCCUCGGCCUCUUCUUCAGCUUGUCCCGCUACAAACAGCAGCAGCAGCAGGCCCAGCGGCAGCCGUCCCUCCCGUCCCAGAGCGCACACCCGCCCCUGAGCCAGCAGAGCAGCGCCCCGGCCCAGCUCGGCCACUCUCCGCAUGGGACUCCUGCCCUUACAGCCCAGAGAGCAGCGCAGGCCGAGAUGCAGUCCAGGGAUGGAUCUCAGAGUAAACUACUCAAGUUUUCCCUCGGUCAGAAAAAGACCUCUAGGUCAGAUUCUCCUGCGUUUGUUUUCUUGCUCCUCCCCCUCUUUCCACCACCUCACCCCGUGUCUCGUCCCUUUCCAGGAAAUAGGAAGGGCAAUCUCUACCCCGAGCACCAUCUAAUAUGCAUGAGUGGUAGUAUUGAGCAGAUAGCGACUAAAGCCCCAGGCUCAGUUUUUGGACGGCCCUGUCUGUCUCGCACCGCGCCUCAUUUGGCAAGUCUGCUAAAUGGGCUGUGA